GGUGAGACUUUUUUUAAACAUCAAGCUUCAAAGUUUGUGACAAAACGGUGUACAGUUAAUAAGUGCUGAAAAACCUAACAGUGCAAUUUAAUGAUCCAGUUACCCAAUGGAUGAAGCGGAAACUAUAAAAGAUGGAGAUUUAUUUGCAAGAAGCAGACCAAAGUCUCCAGUGGCCAGCUGCUUGUCCAUGAACACCAACAGCUCUAUUGAUCAUCUUACAUACCUAGAUGACAAAAUGACAGCUGAAAACAGUAAGCAAGUAAGAUCUGUGUCACUCAUACAAAGCACUGUGUCCAUGAAGAGUGAUGCUUCGAUUGAACGGCCUCCAAACAUCAAUGGUGAAAUGCCACCUGGAGGAAAAUCAGACUUCGGAGAUAUCAUGGGGUCCAUGGAGUAUAGCCGGUCACCUAGCACAGAGAAAUGGAGAAACAUGGUCACUUCACAACCAAGCACUUGUGAAUCUGAACCUGCUGUUCUUGAGAAAUUCAAAUCAAACAUGAAAGUCAAGUUUCAAUGUUUGCGUGAGGGAACAGCCCAUCAGGGAAACCCAACACUCCUCCUCAAUGACAUCUUCACAAAGGUUUACAUCACAGAGGAUAGCGGCGGAGAGAUCAAUAAUGAACAUGAGAUCAGACAGAUUGAAGCAGCAUCCAGGAGAACAUCAACAGAGGACAGACCCAUCAACUGCAAUGACAUCUUCAAACCUUCCUCCGAACUAGACAAACCCAUCAGAACUGUGAUGACGAAGGGAGUCGCUGGAAUUGGAAAAACAGUCUCUGUGCAGAAGUUCAUUCUGGAUUGGACUGAAGCGAAAGAGAAUCAGGACAUCGGCCUCAUAUUUCCACUACCAUUCAGAGAGCUCAAUUUGAUGAAGAACAAAACACUCAGUCUUUUAGAUCUUCUUCAUCUUUUUUUCCCAGAGACCAAAGAAUUGGAAAUAAGUGGUGAUAAAUAUAAAGUGUUGUUCAUCUUAGAUGGUUUGGAUGAGUGUCGUCUGUCUCUGGAUUUUCACAGCAGCGUGAGGUUGUGUGAUGUUGAAAAAUCGGCCUCGAUGGACGUGAUGCUGACAAACCUCAUCGCCGGGAAUCUGCUUCCCUCUGCUCUCCUCUGGAUCACCUCCAGACCAGCAGCAGCUGAUCUCAUCCCCUCUGAGCGUGUCCAUCGAGUCACAGAGGUACGAGGCUUCAGUGACCCACAGAAGGAGGAAUACUUCAGAAAGAGAAUAAGCAAUCCCAUACUAUCCAACAAAAUCAUCUCGCAUUUAAAGUCUUCCAGGAGUCUGUACAUCAUGUGUCACAUCCCAGUGUUCUGCUGGAUUUCUGCAACUGUUCUAGAGAGAAUGUUGAGUGAAGCUGAGCCUGAAGAGAUCCCCAAGACUCUGACUCAAAUGUACACACACUUCCUGAUCAUUCAGACAAAUAUUAAACAUCAGAAGGAUUAUGAGAAGAAAGGGGAAGAUGAGGAGAUGAUUCUCAAACUUGGAAAACUGGCUUUUGAGCAGCUUGAGAUAGGGAAUUUGAUCUUCUAUGAAGAAGAUCUGAUGGAGUGUGGCAUCGAUGUUGCAGAAGCAUCUGUGUACUCAGGAUUGUGCACUCAGAUCUUCAGAGAAGAGUUUGGGCUGUACUUGAGGAACACGUACUGCUUUGUUCAUCUGACCAUGCAGGAACAUCUUGCAGCGCUAUACGUGUACCUCACCUUUAUCAACAAAAAUACAAAUGUUUUUGAUCGAAACACCACAGCAUCCUCAGAUCUGUCUGACAUGCUUUUGAUCGCUGUUGAUAAAACCCUAGACAGUGACAAUGGACAUCUGGAUCUUUUCCUCCGGUUUCUUCUGGGCCUUUCUUUGACGUCCAAUCAGGCUCUCUUACGCCUGCUGACACAGACUGAAAUCAGCUUCCAAUGCACAGAUAAAACAGCUGAAUACAUCAAACACAAGAUCAUGGAGAAUCCGUCUCCUGAGAGGUCCAUCAACCUGUUCCACUGCCUGAAUGAACUCGGUGACCAUUCUCUUGUCAAGGAAGUUCAAUAUUUUCUUACUUCUGGGUCAAUAAGAGGAACUAAACUUUCAGCCUCACAGUGGUCGGCUGUGGCCUUUGUGCUGCUGACCUCAGAACAGAUGGAUGUGUUUCACAUGAGCAAGUAUGCCAGAAUGUGCAGUGAUAUCGAUGAAGUUCUUGAGAGGCUGCUGCCUGUGAUCGAGGCAUCUAGAACGGCUCAUCUGCAUUAUUGCAUACUGUCAGCCAAAUGUUGUUCAGCUCUGGCGUCAGCUCUCAGCUCAAAGAUCUCAUGCCUGAGAGAGCUGAACUUAAAUGGAAAUGGACUUCAUGAUGAAGGAGCGACAGAUAUUUCCUGUGGUCUGGAGAGUCUUCAUUGUAGAUUGGAGAUACUGAAGCUUGCAAACUGUAAGCUGACAGACAGAAGCUGUGCUGCUCUGGCCUCUGCACUUAAAUCAAAAUCCUCCAGUCUGAAAGAGCUCAACCUGAGCUGGAAUAACCUGCAGGAUGACGGGGUGAAUCUGCUCGCUGCAGGACUGGAAGAUUCACACUGCAAACUGGAGAUACUAAAGUUACGGAAGUGUGGUUUCACAGAAUCAGGUUGUGCUGCUCUGGCCUCAGCUUUAAAUUCAAAUCCUUCCCAUAUGAGAGAACUACAUUUGAAUAGAAAUGAUCUUGGAGACAGAGGCAUCUCUGGUGCACUGGAGAACCCACUCUGUAAACUAGAGAUACUAUGUAUGGUUAGAUGUGGUAUCACAGCUGAAGGUUGUGGCGCUCUGGCGUCAGCUCUGAGAUCAAACCCAUCCCACCUGAGACAGCUGAAUCUGUCUGAGAACCAAUUCGGAGAUGCAGGAUUGACACAAAUCUCUGCUUGGUGGAUGAGUCCUGACUGUAAACUAGUAUCGUUGAGACUGAUGUACUGUGGUAUCACACAUGAAGGUUGUGGCGCUCUGGCAUCAGCUCUGAGAGUAAACCCCUCACACCUGAGCAUGGGCGCAGCACCCCUGCACCUGAGACAUCUGAAUCUGUCUGGAAAUAUUCUAGGAGAUUCAGGAGUAAAACUGCUCUUUGCUGGACCGGUGAAUCUUCACUGUAAACUUGAGAUACUGAAGCUGAUGUAUUGUGGAGUCGCUGAUGAAGGUUGUGCUGCUCUGGCUUCCGUUAUGAAAUCAAACACAACAGAUCUAAAGGAACUCUAUCUGGAUAAGAAUGAACUGGGAGACUCUGGUGUAGAGCUGCUCUCUGCUGCGUUGGAGAAUCCACACUGUAAACUGGAGUUACUGAAGCUGUGGGAUUGUGGUAUUACAGAUAAAGGUUGUGUUGCUCUGGCUUCAGCUCUUACUUCAAACCCCUCCCACCUAAGAAAUCUCUAUGUGUUUGGGAAUAAUCUCGGACUGUCGGGAGUGAACCCGCUAUCUGCACUAGUAGAUGAUCCACAUAAUUCACUGGAGACUUUUGAUUUGUACUAGGUACUCGAUGCUACUCAUUGAAGAUCAUUGCUGAAGAGAUGCUAUGUCUGAUUCUCCACACUGGAGACAUCUGCAGGGAUUAUUCUUCUCCAAAAUAUAUCAGCAUAUACUGUACUAAUAUAGGAAACACCCUUUUAUUAUAACACACAUUUUACCUGUUCCUUCGCUAUAUACCAUUACAAAUCAAUAUUAGUGUGUGCUAUACAUACUGUACACCAUACAGCAUUAUUAUCUUCAAAUUGUAUAUUCAUUUAAGGAGUGUAUUUGAGUGUUUUAUACAUUAACCCUGUUAACUGUAUAACUCCAUGAACUCAUGGAUUUAAGUUUACAUAGAAAAGUCACAGGUGUGCUGUUAAGACUUGAGUCUACCGCUCAUUUCAAGUUUAUUGUUACAUUUCAGGUCAGACUAGUUAUUCAAAGUUAAAAUCGUUCACCUCAGUUUGUAUUAUUUAUGCUAUGUCUAUUCUGCUUUGCUGAAUUUAACAAGUAUUAGGAACUGCUAUGAUACAUAUACAAGUUGGUCAACAACUACUGAGUUACUGAUGUUAUUGAAUGUUACGUAUUUUCUGUUGGAUCUCUGUUAACUUCCCCUCGGUGCCGUUUUCAUUUCAGAUGCAUUACAGUCAGGAUUUGGAGCCUGUGAUUGUAGUGUAUCGUAGCACAGACCAUAUAUUUUCAUGAACACUGUUCAAUUAAGUAUUUAUUUAAAUAAAAACAAAUCUAUACA